AUGGCAUUCGAUCCCGCCGCGGCUACCUCUCCAGCAGCGGCCUCAGAUACAAAUUCAUUAGAGAUCUUCUGUAUCAAGGGCUCCAGAAUAUCCGGCGGCACAAGAUUAUACGUGGACUGCGCUAGCGAUGGCCAGAUACAAACCUCAGACAAAAGCGCCAUAACGAAAGAACUUCGGAGUAUAAUGGAUCAACUACGGGCAUUGAAGCCACCAGAACCGUCGUUCUAUAGUAAUUUAGAACGUUGUCCAAUCUCUCACUUCUUGUUCAAUCCGAUGAAGCCCAAUCCUACAAUAAACGGACCAUUCGUCAACAAGCAUGACUUCGUCCAAGGUCUCGUACACAAUUUGAGGACUAUCGAUGAACUUGAUCACCGAGACAAUUACAAAACAGAGUUCUAUGAGCAGAACCUCCCGUCCUGCUUCCGCCUUAGACGGCCAAAGAUAACUCAUGGCGACAUUCGGAGAAAGAAUAUAAUGGGUCAGCAAACAGGUCUUUUGGUCAAUGGGUGUGAACCAGCUUUGAGUCUCAUGGCCAUAGGAUUGGUAUCCUACCUACUGGGAAGUCUUCGUCACGUUCAUAUCCGUCCGCUGGGACGAGGAUUGGGCUUCAAUGAUUCACGAGGGUUGGACCGACCAGACCGUUCGGAUACUGGCUUUGACGAUUACGAGCGACAUGCCCUGAGGUAUGAACGCCCUGAUGGCUCAGGCCUGGCACCCGUAAGGAGUGAGGGUGCGGUCGAGAGCACGACAGGAGAACUCCAUACGAUCGACCUCCUGCGCAUGAGAGAGAUUGUCCAACCGUGCGCCCUCCCCUAUCAGAACGUGAGUGCGAAAGCCGUGGAGCCGCUCCAAGAUCAUGACCUCCAUCAGCUCUGGAAUCCUCUACACCAGAACCACAACCUCCUCAGAAGGAUGACAUCGUCUCGGAGCUUCCACAGACGAUAG